UCCCAUGUGUAUGGAGCACCCCACCCAUUACCCACUGGCCAAUUUCAUCUACAGAGCUUUGUUUGCCAUUAACGAUGGCUUCCCGUUCCUUUCUUUGUUGUCCUGCCUUGUUUGUUUCUCUCUGGACGGUGGUGGUGGUUCUGCUGAUCUCACCUGCACAUUCACUCAACUGCACAUCACAGAAGUUCACCAACCGGCUCUAUGAUAACUGUACAGACCUGUCCACACUCAACUCCUACCUACACUACACCUACAAUGCCUCCAACUCUUCACUUUCAAUCGCCUUCAAGGCCCCUCCGUCCAAAUCUGAUGGCUGGGUGGGGUGGGCCAUCAACCUCAAUGGCACCGGCAUGGCAGGGGCUCAGGCUCUGGUAGCGAUGAAAAACGAUAGCGUAGUGGUUGUGAAGAAAUUCAGCAUCGCCUCUUACAGUGAUAUUAAGGAGACAUCGAAGCUAGCGGUCGAGACAUGGGACUUGAGUGCAGAUUCCGACUCCAGUGGUAACUUCGUGAUCUUCGCUUCAGUAAAGAUCCCGGAAAGCUUGGCGAAGGUGAACCAGAUUUGGCAAGUGGGUCCGUCGGUGAAAGACGGAUUUCCAGCAAAGCACGAGUUCGCCCAAGGGAAUCUGCAGGCAAAGGGAACACUGGAAUUGGUGGCCUCACAGAGCAGCGGUGGAAAUACUACAACUGGAGCAGGUAAUAAUUCUACUACCCCAACUAACGGCAGUUCUACUAACAGUACAAAUGCUGGCUACAAGAUUAACGUGCUGAACGUGAGUUUUCAGUUUGGGCUUUUCGUUCUUCUGGGAAGUGCUCUAGUUUUCUGAUUUGUUGAUUUUGAUUUUAGAACAUUGUUGUAAUUUUGAUGAUUCCAGUGGUAGAGAUUUGGGAUAUUUAAUAUUUAAAAAGUGAAUAAUUACUCUUAUGUGAAA